AUUUCCAGCACCUACCUAGAGAGCAAUUGGCCGAUCCGGUUUUCAGCUAUUGAUAAACUUGGACAGAAUGUUGCUGUCGUUGGCAAGUUUGGCUUCGCACAUUACUCCUUGCUCACCAAAAAAUGGAAACUUUUUGGGAACAUUACUCAGGAACAAAAUAUGAUUGUGACAGGCGGCUUAGCCUGGUGGAAUGAUUUUAUGGUCCUCGCGUGUUACAACAUAAGUGACCAUCAAGAAGAGCUCAGAGUAUACCUACGAACGUCAAAUCUGGACAACGCCUUUGCUCAUGUAACCAAGACACAAGUGGAGACGUUGCUGCUUAGUGUCUUCCGGGACAUGGUCGUAGUGUUUCGAGCAGACUGUUCAAUAUGCCUUUACAGUAUUGAAAGAAAAUCAGAUGGUGUGCACACUUCCGCUGGCAUUCAGGUUCUGCAGGAGGUCUCCAUGUCACGCUACAUCCCUCACCCUUUCCUCGUGGUGUCUGUCACCCUGACGUCAGUGAGCACGGAGAAUGGACUCGCGCUGAAAAUACCACAGCAGGCCCGUGACGCAGAGAGCAUCAUGCUAAACCUUGCGGGACAGCUCAUCAUGAUGCAGAGGGACAGGUCAGGCCCCCAGAUCCGGGAGAAGGACAGUCACCCCAACCAGAGGAAGCUGCUGCCAUUCUGCUUUCCCGUGGUGCUGGCCCAGUCGGUGGAGAACAACGUCUGGACGACGUGCCGGGCCGACAAGCAGAAGCGUCACCUCCUGGAGGCCCUGUGGCUGAGCUGCGGCGGGGCGGGCAUGAAGGUCUGGCUCCCGCUCUUCCCCAGGGACCAGCGCAAGCCGCACUCCUUCCUGGCCCAGAGGAUCAUGCUGCCCUUCCACAUCAACAUCUACCCGCUGGACGCGCUGGUCCUCGGUGCCGUCAACGACACUGUGCUCUACGACUCUCUGUACACGCGCAGUGGCAGGGAGCAGCCCGAGGUGCUCUUUCCCUUCUGCGUCGUGGAGAGAACCUCUCAGAUCUACCUCCACCACCUCCUGCGGCAGCUGCUCGUCCGGAACCUCGGGGAGCAGGCCUUGCUCCUGGCCCAGUCCUGCGCCACGCUGCCCUACUUCCCGCACGUGCUCGAGCUCAUGCUGCACGAAGUGCUGGAAGAAGAAGCUACCUCACGGGAGCCCAUCCCCGACCCCCUGCUCCCCACCGUGGCCAAAUUCAUCACCGAGUUCCCGCUCUUCCUGCAGACGGUGGUGCACUGCGCCAGGAAGACCGAGUAUGCCCUGUGGAAUUACCUUUUUGCAGCCGUCGGGAACCCCAAGGACUUGUUUGAAGAGUGUUUGAUGGCCCAGGAUUUGGAGACGGCCGCCUCGUACCUUAUCAUCUUGCAGAACAUGGAAGUCCCCGCAGUCAGCAGGCAGCAUGCCACCCUCCUGUUCAACACAGCUCUGGAACAAGGCAAGUGGGACCUGUGUCGGCAUAUGAUCCGAUUCCUUAAAGCCAUCGGCUCUGGAGAGUCCGAGACACCUCCUCCCACCCCCACAGCUCAGGAACCCAGCUCUAGUGGCGGAUUUGAGUUCUUCAGGAACCGGAGCAUCAGUUUAUCGCAGUCAGCUGAAAAUGCCGCACCUAGUAAAUUCAGCUUACAGAAGACACUAAGUAUGCCAUCCGGCCCUUCUGGAAAGAGAUGGAGUAAAGACAGCGACUGUGCUGAGAACAUGUACAUCGACAUGAUGCUCUGGAGACACGCCCGGCGCCUCUUAGAGGACGUGUGGCUCAAGGACCUGGGCUGCUUCACCGCGCAGCUGGGCUUUGAGCUCAUCGCUUGGCUGUGCAAGGAGCGUACGCGAGCUGCUCGGGUCGAUAACUUUGUGGUGGCCCUGAAGAGACUGCACAAAGACUUCCUGUGGCCGUUCCCCAUCAUCCCAGCCUCUUCCAUCAGUUCUCCUUUCAAAAGUGGGAAAUUCCGAACAGUGGGAGAGCAGCUGUUCAAGUCUCAGUCGGCUGAACCGUUUCCAAACCUGGACGUGGAGGCUGGCAUCUCUGCCAUGCAGCGAAGUCAGAGCUGGCUGGGCAGUGUCGGCCCCAGCCAUCCUGAGCUGGACACAGCCUCAUCCCACGGGCCGCAAAUGCAAGAUGCCUUCCUGUCACCCUUAUCCAAUAAAGGUGACGAAUGCAGUAUUGGUUCAGCCACGGAUUUGACUGAGAGCAGCUCCAUGGUGGAUGGGGACUGGACGGUGGUCGAGGAGAAUUUCUCCACGCUCAGUCUGACUCCGUCCGAGCUGGAGCACAUCUCCAUGGAGCUGGCAAGCAAAGGCCCUCAUAAAUCCCAGGUCCAGCUUCGGUACUUCCUGCAUAUUUUCAUGGAGGCCGGAUGUUUGGACUGGUGCAUUGUCAUUGGCCUGAUUCUGAGAGAAUCCUCAGUAAUCAACCAGAUUCUGGCUAUUAUACAGUCUUCAGAGGUGGAUGGAGAGAUGUUACAGAACAUUAAGACGGGGCUCCGUGCUGUGGACCAGUGGGCCUCUACGGAUUGCCCUGGAUAUAAGCCAUUUUUAAACAUGAUUAAGCCUCAACUGCAGAAGCUCAGUGAGAUGACGGAAGAGCAAGUUGAGCCUGACGCCUUCCAGCCAGUAACCACAGGCAAGACCACGGAGCAGGCCAGUCCCCGGACCGAGGAGCGCAGGGGAUCCUGCAGCCACGGAGCCGUCCUGCAGGGCGAGGCGGCGGGGACCAGUGCAGCCAGCCGCCAGGAGGACGACACGGCUCGGGCAGAGCAGGAGGAGCCCUUUCCGGAUGGGACUUACGACUGCUCUGUGUCCUGACCGUGAGGCGACGUGUGACAAGCAAUAUUAGCAGCAGCUGAGUCCACUGUGUCCUAGUUGCUGACGGAUGACUUAAAGGGGAAGAGAACGCAGGGGCUCAGAGUCUCUUUCGUAAAGUAUUAUUAGAUUUUAAGUAAGAAAUCUCCGACUCCAUAAAAAUGUGAUAUCAAAUAAAGCAUCUUUCAUAAAAAAUUUCUUAAGCUGCAGGAGAAAUACAACAUGCUGUACAUACGUACCUUAGCAGAUUUGGGCUUUAUUCACAGGCUGGUAGCUCUUAAGGGAGUGCUUGGCCCCGGUGAGCUUUUGACUGCUUAGAGCUUCUCGCGCUUUUCCCUGGUUGACUGUGUGUGCUAAGGUGCUUGACCGGGUCCGAGCUCACUACACUCCCUGCUUGGCCCUCCCGAACAGAUGCCUGCCUUGGCACAGCACGGGGACGCGCACGAGGGCCGUGGAAAGUGGAGUUCCGGGAUGUUGGUUUUGGUGCCGCGGGGGCCUCCAAAAGCCGUGGAAACUGAGUGUCAUAACACGUGAACGCCAAGGGUGUCUGCACCAAAACAAACCUUCUCCGGUUCCGUUCUCCAUGCCCGGCUUGGCAGCUCCCCUGCCCGUGUCAGCGUGAGCCGUUCUCCUUUGCCGUUGGCAGCCCGUCAGACCCCAGUCCUAUCCGUGCAGGCUGUCCACACGGAGCGAGGGUGCCCGCUGGAGCGAGCUUUGUUCCUCCUAGAUCAGUGUGGGCACAGGCUGAGGAAUUCUCACCAAUUCUGCUGGUAGAUGCCACUAAACUGUUUUGUAUCAAAAAAUUGUACCUUUUUGUGAAUACUCUUGGUGUAAAUAAAUCCAAAGACACUACUCAUAUUUUUAGCACUUGUAUUAUAAUUUGUAAGGUUUUAUGCUGGAUUCCGCAUGCCUAUAAAUACUUAGAGAAUUAUAGCAACAGGGCUUGUUUUUCUUUCCCAAAAAGAGCGGUCUUCAUAAAGACAGACUCCUUAUUGGCUCAGCUGGUCAUAACAAAAUGCUCACACUGAUCAUGAAAUGGAACAGAUUUUUGUGCAAAUUAACAUAGUUUACUAUUUAUUGAUUUUGUAAAUUGAAUAAAAUGGACUUUUAUGUAAAUAGACUGCUGAACCUUAUCACGGCUACUAAAAAUUAGUCGGUAAAGAAUGCAUCCUUCAUUGUAAACUUUAAAGUAUUUUAUGUAUUUGUAGAUGACAAAUUUGUUUUCAUGUUGUGAAAACUGCAUAUUUCAUAAUUGGUUCAUACUAGUCACAUAUCCUCCACUGUAUCUAAUUACCUUAUAACAGUAUUAAUUUAGAUAGCUUGUUUGUACUGUGCAAUUUGAACAAGGAAUGCAAUGUUAUUUUUUACAAAAACUUAUUUUUGUAACAACAUAUUUGAUAUGGACCAAAUUCGUACCACUAUGUUUAAAAAAAAAAAGCCUCUUCUCACAGUGCAAUUCCAGUUCAGAAACAAGGUCUGGUCCUCUCGCUGCCCUGGAAAGGAAAUACCCGGAUUCAGUUCUUAGCCCGUUUCCUUUGAAGGGAAUUGAAACUAUCUUGAAUUGUUUGGUUCAUAAUUCAUCAAACUCUUCAAAAUUACUGAUUUGGGGGAAUUGACUGUCAUUUACUUUUUACAUUAGAAGUGCAAUAAUUUCACACCAUAAAACUCCUAAUGGAUCAAAUAUGGUCUUAUUGGUACCUGGUCCUUCUGGUGCUACUGUUACUUAAGUCAGCUUCAAACCACCUUUCCCUGAAUGGCUGGAAGGUCAGUGUUUCCUGAAUGAGUCCAGGCAGCCCAGCCAGAAAAUAAACUGACCUCUCUUCUCCUGCCCCGGUCCGUCAGAGGGACCCAGCAUCACUGUCGUUUGCUGCAGAUACUCAUUUAGUAACAGCUGCACACAGCUGGCUAGCUCACACCAUGCUGCCGCCGAGGUCACCCUGCGAGCAGCGCCCGCAGGGUGACUCCUGCGGUGGAGGCCGUGAGCGAGUCCCUUCCUCUGUGAAAUGUUGGCUUUCAACUAAUAAAUAGGCCACAAGGGAAGAAAAUUGGUAAGUUUACAUGUUCUAUUUAUUAGAUACUUUGAAUUCUUUGAAAAACUCAUUUUUACCAUGUUGUUUGGUUCACAUCCAUUGUUUUAAGCCAUCAUUUUAACCAAGGAACUUAAAUAUUACUAUAACUAUUUGAAUUUUAGUGCAUUCAUGUAAAUUAUUUGUUGAUACCAAAAGAAAUCAUCUAAGGGGAGAGUCAACAUUUGCUUGUAAUUAAAUUUGUUGCUACUUCUGUAAUUUGUAUUUUUUUUAAUAAGGGCAAUAAAAAUGAUUGCACAAA